GCUUCUUUCCAUCGUUCCAUCGAUCUUCUCUCUCUUUCCACGACACACUGCACGUCCACUAACUAGCUUAGUAGUACUACUUAAUUAACUUAGGAAGUCGUCUCUACCUCGUUACACCUCUUUUGCUUCGGCGUUUCUGCUCAACUCACCAGAAAAACAAGAUGUCCAUGCCGAUGCCGCCGCCGCCGCCGUCGCACGCGGGCGACAUAACUCACAUGCCAGGGACGGACAUGGGCAUGGGCAUGGGCAUGGCGAUGCCGGCGAUGCACGCGACCUUCUUCUGGGCCCACCGCGCGCAGGUGCUCUUCACGGGCUGGCCCGGGGAAGGCCCUCGCGCCGGCAGCGGCAUGUACGUGCUCUGCCUUCUCGUCGUGCUCGCGCUCGCCGCGCUCGUGGAGGCCUUCUCUGCGGCAUCCAAGGGGCUCGCCCGCCGCCGGCCUGGCGGUGGCGCGAUGGUCUCGGGGGUCGUCGUCCACGCGGCCAAGAUGGCGCUCGCGUACAUGGUGAUGCUGGCCGCAAUGUCCUUCAACGUCGGCGUCCUCCUCGCCGCGGUCGCCGGGCACGCCCUCGGGUUCCUGCUCGCGCGGACCGCAGUGCUCCGCCGCGCCGGCGCUGGCGGCACUCGUGAUGAUGACGCGGCAGCGCCACAGAACGUUGUUGCUCACGCUACCAACGAGUCUGAGCCCAUACCUUAAGACACUGAAAAUGGUUGGGGAUACUGAAUUUGAAAUGCCUGUUGUACUUCAUGGAAACACGGCCUGACCUGUGAUUCCUUAUCCAAUGAAACUGGCGAAGCCUCGUUUGACUACACAGGAUUUUGGCAAGUUACAGUAGAAAACACUAAGUAUACAUAUGCUGGAAAUUGACCACAUAAGCCCAAGCCCAUGUAGCAAAACGGAGCAAACAUGGCCUAAUUAACUUCCCCACUGAUCC